AUGGUUUAUCAUCCUGAGUUUAAGAAGGCAGGACAGCAACCUGGUCUGCAGGUAUGGAGGAUUGAGAAAAUGGACUUGGUGGCACUACCUGAGAAUUUUUAUGGGAGCUUCUAUACAGGAGAUACCUACAUUGUGCUCAAUACCAUCAAACUACGUUUAGGAAGUCUACAAUAUGAUCUUCAUUUUUGGCAAGGUAAUGUCUGCACUAUAGAUGAGAGUGCUGCAGCUGCUAUUUUUGCUGUCCAAAUGGAUGACUAUCUUGGAGGAACUCCUGUUCAGUAUCGAGAGGUCCAGGGCCAUGAAUCGAAAACAUUUGUAGGUUACUUCAAAUCAGGGUUGAAGUACUUGCAAGGUGGUGUGGCAUCAGGGUUUAAACACAUGGCCUCAAGCAUGGCAGGAAUACACAGAAUCCUCCACGUAACAGGCCGACGAUCAGUGAGGGCUACCGAGGUUCCUGUGAGCUGGGACAGCUUCAACCAUGGAGAUUGUUUCAUUCUGGACCUUGGAGAUGAAAUCUACCAAUGGUGUGGCACAAAGAGCAAUCACUUUGAAAGAUUAAAAGCCACCAAUGUUUCGAAGGGCAUCCGUGAUAACGAGCGAGCUGGACGAGCAAAACUGUAUGUAUGUGAAGAGGGAUCAGAGGCUGAUAAGAUGCUUGAGAUUCUUGGACCAAAGCCUGAGCUUCCUGAUUCAGACACUAAUGACUCUGACACUGAUUCAUCCAAUAAAAAGAUGGCCAAGUUAUACAAGGUGUCUGAUGCCAGUGGAAAUAUGUCCAUCACGUUGGUCGCGGCGGAGAAUCCAUUCUCUCAAAAUGCACUGGAAUCAACUGAAUGUUUUAUCUUGGACCAUGGUUGCAAUGGCAAGGUCUUUGUCUGGAAAGGUAAGGAAGCUAGCCCAGAGGAGAGGAGAGCAGGGAUGAAGGCUGCAGACCAGUUCAUCCAGAGAAUGGGGUAUCCGAAACACACUCAAGUUCAGAGCCUGCCUGAAAAUGGGGAGACUCCGCUUUUUAAACAGUUCUUCAAAUCCUGGCAUGAUGUGGCCCAGACUGAAGGAAUGGGAAAGGGAUAUGUGUCCAACAAGAUCGCUAAGAUCAAGAAAGUACCAUUUGAUGCAUCAAUGCUCCAUGUGUCGAGUGCUAUGGCUGCUCAGUAUAGGAUGAUGGACAAUGGGGAUGGAGAGAAAAAGAUUUGGCGUAUCGAAGGAUCCAACAAGGUGGACGUUGAUCCCUCAACUUAUGGGCAGUUCUAUGGAGGAGACAGUUACAUCAUCCUGUACAACUAUCAGCAUGGGGGACGUCGAGGACAGAUUAUUUACAUUUGGCAGGGAGAGGAUUCUAGCAAAGAUGAGAAAGGAGCUUCCUCCAUUUUGGCCACUCAGUUGGAUGAGGAACUGGGGGGAGGAGCAGUGCAGGUCCACGUGAUUCAAGGCAAGGAGCCGGACCAUCUUAUGAGUCUUUUUGGAUCCCAACCAAUGGUGGUUUACAAAGGUGGGACUUCCAGAGAAGGUGGUCAGUCAAAAGCAUCAACAAUCCGCUUUUUUCAAGUUAGGUCCAACACUGCCUUGAAAUCACGGGCCAUUGAGGUAGAUCCAGUGGCCUCUAACCUUAAUUCCAAUGAUGUGUUUGUUUUGCUCAACCCAUCUGACUCGGUGCUAUGGGUUGGUCAAGGUGCCAGUGAUGUUGAGAAGUGUGGAGCUAAACAGCUCAGUGAGAUUUUAGGGGUGCAGGUUUCUGAAGUGAAAGAAGGUGAAGAAGGAGAUCGAUUCUGGGAAGUACUUGGAGGGAAAACAGAAUAUCGCACAUCUGAAAGACUGAAAAGCAAAAUGGACUCUCAUCCUCCACGUCUGUUUGCUUGCUCGAACAAAACCGGACAGUUUCGUAUCGAGGAAGUACCAGGGGAGAUGACUCAAGACGAUCUGGCUCCUGAUGAUGUCAUGAUCCUGGACACGUGGGAUGAGGUCUUUGUUUGGAUUGGAAAAGAGGCCAAUGAGGAAGAAAAAACAGAAGCUGUUGCAUCAGCUGUCCGAUACAUCGAAACCCAUCCUGCUGUCAGAGACAAGAGGACUCCUGUUGUGAAGAUAACGCAAGGUUUUGAGCCUCCCACAUUCACAGGGUGGUUCCUGGGAUGGGAUUACGAUUACUGGAGCUUGGACACACUGGACCGGGCUAUAGCUGCUCUGAAGCACUGA